AGAGAGAGAGAGAGAGAGAGAGAGAGAGAGAGAGAGAGAGAGAGAGAGAGAGAGAGAGAGAGAGACACACACAGUUAGUUAAUCUUAGCAUGCCUGCAUACGCCACCAACAUGAGGCUUAAGUUUCCCAUCCUGGCUCUGACUCUGGAGAUCAUCACCAUCAUCCUGUUUGCUGUGUUUGUGGUCUACGAUGAUGGGAAACACGGGGGGCACGGAGCCCACAACAACGCCACACACCAUGAGGAGAAGACACAGGAUCCUCUGACCCUCUACCCCAUGUUCCAGGAUGUCCACGUGAUGAUCUUCGUUGGCUUUGGCUUCCUGAUGACCUUUCUGAAGAGAUAUGGCUUUAGCAGUGUGGGCCUCAACCUGCUCCUGGCCGCCUUCGCUCUGCAGUGGGGUCUCCUCAUGCAAGGCCUCUGGCACCUGGACGAUGGCAAGAUCAAAGUCUCCGUCUUCAAGAUGAUCAACGCAGACUUCAGCACAGCCACCGUUCUGAUCUCGUUCGGGGCAGUCCUGGGUAAAACCAGCCCCGUCCAGCUCCUCAUCAUGACCAUCCUCGAGAUCACCAUCUUCGGCAUCAACGAACAUCUGGUGGCUGAAAUCCUGGGGGCCAAUGAUGUUGGGGCCUCCAUGAUUAUCCAUGCCUUUGGGGCGUACUUCGGUCUCGCAGUGGCCCGCAUGCUGUACCGGCCAGCUCUGAGGAACAGCCAUGAGAACGAUGGCUCUGUUUACCACUCUGACCUCUUCGCCAUGAUCGGUACCGUGUUCCUCUGGAUGUUCUGGCCCAGUUUCAACUCUGCCAUCGCUGCACCUGGCACUGAUCAGCUCAUGGCCGUGACCAACACCUACUUCUCCCUGGCUGCCUGUGUACUGUCUGCCUACGCCACCUCCAGCCUGGUGGAGCACAAAGGGAAACUGGACAUGGUCCACAUCCAGAAUGCCACUCUGGCCGGAGGUGUUGCCGUGGGAACCUGCGCUGACAUGGACAUCGGCCCUUUCGGUGCCAUGAUCAUCGGGUUCGUGGCUGGCAUCGUCUCCACCCUGGGCUUCAAGUUCCUCACUCCCAUCCUGGCAUCCAACCUGGGCAUCCAGGACACCUGUGGCGUCCACAAUCUGCACGGCAUGCCUGGCAUCCUCGGGGGUAUCGCUGGCAUUGUGGCUGUCGCUCUGGGCAAGAAGGAUGGGAGCGCAGCCAUGCAGGGUGCAGCCCUGGCUUCAUCCCUUGGGUUCGCUUUGGUUGGAGGAGCCAUUACAGGUCUGAUAAUGAAGCUUCCAUUCUGGGGUCAGCCUCCAGAUCAGAACUGCUUUGAUGAUUCCAUUUAUUGGGAGGUUCCUGAGGAGGAGGAGGGUGAGGAGAGCCUGGCUCACGGAGACCAAAAAGCAGAGGCCUAAAGCUCCCACUCUAUGCUGCACAUACAUUACCCACAACCCUCUGAGCUAGAGAUGGGGAAAGUGAGGAAUCAUGAACCACACAUUACAUAUUGGGUGUACUGUAUCUCAAUAGUCUUAACUGGCUUCCUCUCCUCGUCACUUCUCCUUCAUCUAAUUGGUAGAUCCAUACCAGGACUUCAUGCGUCACCCGAGGACGUAAAGGAGAGAAGCUAUGUUGUACUAUUGAAUUCAACCCAGGAUGGCCAGUGCAGUGAAAUUGUCAGUUAUUUUCAACUAUAGCAUAAAUCAUUGGAUUGGAUGAGACAAAUUGAAAUCAUAUCGUGGUUCAUGCUACCUUUAUUAAGACAUCUCUAAUUCAACUCGAUCAGCAGGGAAAUGUUAGCCUAUGUUGCACUUUUCUGUGUAACCAAACUAGGUCCUCAUUGUCCGUAGAUUUGUAGUAAAUAUUUUCUUCUUCAAUUGAAUAGGAUAGGUCCACUGAAGAAUAUUUGGGAAACAUGUCAUAGCUCAUUAUCAUUUCAACUAAAGUGUAAGAGGUGGGUGUGUUACAUACAAAAAAAACUAUUAUUAGGUGUCAAUGCAAUUUGAGAUAAUAUUGUAAGGAUUUUCUUAUCUUAAAAAAAGUAUGUUUACAGAAACUCAUUUCAACCAUAACAUGCUUGCAGUGCUUUGGAUGUGUUAGUCUGAAAAUGUAUUUAAAUGAAGCAGCAUUUUGAUAUAAAUGAUGCUGAAUAAGUUGCAUUGAAACAUCAACUGUUCGGAGGAAAGAUACUUUCAGGGAUUCUUUUUUUACACUGAAUUUGAUGACCACCGUUCUGAGCCAUUAGAAACAGUAUAGAUAUAGUAGAACCAGUAUAUCAAGCUGACAUUCAAUCAUAUCACCAAUUGUAUCACAUGUUUUGUGACACUAUCAAAAUGUUAACAGACAUUUGUUUUGCCUCAUUAGUUAGGGCUAUACAUUGUAUAUUGUUUUCGACACACCUUUUUAUGUCGCCAUCCAACUGACAUAGACGAUAUUGUGUGCUAAGCCUUGUCGCAUGAAUAGAAUCAACUGCUACUUUGGCCUGCUGCAGAGCUAGGCCGCAUCACUGGAGCUCACUACUCCUGCUGGAGAGAAUCUGAUCCCAGACCAGGCUGUGAAGUUUAGGCAGUAGCUAAGGGCUAGUAUUUAUCAAGCGUCUCCGAGUGGGGGUGCUGAUCUUGGAUCAGUUUUACCUUUCUAGAUCAGCACUGCUGAGACGCUUGAUAAAUAAGGGCCCAGGUCUCACGGGGAACGGAGCUGGGCAAGGAUGGGUUCUGCAUUAACCUACUCUCUGUGUGCAUCCAAAUACUCUAAGGUUCUCCUUAUUCUACCCCGGUAUCCUCGCUACUAAAGUGGAGUGGAGUGUCUUCGAUUUUAAUUUCACCUUCUACGUUUUUUCAAAUACAGAAAGUCAAUUGAAAUCUGAUAUGUCCAAUGAAAAACCAGAUAGGCUACAUGUCACAUGGAUUCUGAAUAAAUGGCGCAUGAGAAAGAAAGCCACUGAGAGA